UUUCUUCUGUUUUGCAGAUAUCUGUAUUGUGGUGAACUCACACUGCAGUUAGACCAGGCCACUCCACUGCACAGACUGGCUGCCAAGUACGGCAUCUCCAGCCUCCAGCAAGGACUAACCCAGUACAUGAGCCAGAACCUGGCCAGCGAUUCUCUGGGUGGUCACGUGGUGGGCUGGUACCAGUAUGCCAUGUCAGUUGGUGACACGGUGCUGAAAGACAACUGCCUUCAGUUUUUAUCGUGGAAUCUGUCAGCAGUGCUUCAGAGUGACGAAUGGCCGUCGGUUAGUGUUGACUUGCUAAUGGCUCUCCUGCAGCGCUCCGAUUUAGUAUUGAAGAACGAGCUGGAAUUGUUUGAGGCGCUUGAAAUCUGGCUCACCCAGAACGACCUGGAUACCCUGACAGCAGAGAACGCCCUUCGACUGGUGCGCUAUGCCAUGAUCCCUCCACUCGAACUCUUCCGCUUGCAGCAACAGUCGCCGAUCAUGAUACGCUACCACGAGUCGGUGCGUGAUCUUCUCUACAUCUCGUACCAGUUCCAUUCAGCUUCACCACUUCACCUGGCCAAGUUCUUCGACGUAAACUGCAGCCUCUUCGUGCCCCGCAACUAUCUCUCAUCCAUGUGGGGAUCUCAGUGGAUCAUAAGCAACCCGGCACGGGACGACCGCAGCAUUAGUUUCCAGACCCAGUUGGGCCCGAGCGGUUUUGACUCCAGUAAGCGGGUGACAUGGAACGCCCUGUUCUCGCCCCGCUGGCUCCCUCUCAGCAUGCGGCCCAUGUACACAGAGCAAGGGGCCAUGCAGCCACCGCGGCCCGAUGGAGGAAAUGGCAUUGCCCGGCCUCGUAUCAUCAUCACACCUGCAACUUCCAGUGCAGAUUUUGCAGGUGUCAGCUGCCAAAAGACGGUGCUCAUCUUGACAAAGCAGAAGAACAAGCUUGUGGUGCGGCAUAUCUUUGGUUUCCACCAAAGCACAGAGGAGGUGGGGGACUUCCUGGCUGACGUGGACCUGCAAAAUCGCACAUCUGAGUACCUGGUGGAUGGAUCGCUGUACUUGCAGAUCAUUGUAAAGCCUAUCUACCAGACUCUCAUAGCAACCAAGAAAUAAUGUAACAAGCACAUUGAAGUAGGAUAUAUUUGAGAUUUAGUCUAAACUUUUUUUGAUGCAUGGAAGAAAACGUUUGUGAUUGUUAAUGUGAUUAACGCUAAUGAAGUGCAUCUCCCCUGUCCUUAUAAUGUAGGCUACUGUAAAUUAGAGGUUUACUCUGGAAAAAAAAUUAAAUGCACUAAUCCACAUGUACAAAAUUUAAGGGACAGUUCACCUAAAAUGUAAAGUUCUGUCAUCAUUUACUCACCCUUGUUUCAUUCCAAACCUGUAUGACUUUCUUUCUUUCAUGGAACACAAAAGGAAAUGUUUUGAGGAAUGUUAAUGCUGCUCUCUUUUAUAUAGUGAAAGUGGAUGGAGAACAGGAUGUGUCAAGCUCUAAAAAGCACAAAAACACUAUACAUACAUCUUAACAGUAUUCAUAUGAGUCAUGCACUACAUUCUAAGUUUUCUAAAUAUUUUAUGUGUGAAGAACAGAUUGAAAUUU